AUGCAUCGCUCCGCGUAUGAAGGGCUGAAGGAGAGGCUGCUGGCUCGUCUCAAUGGCCUCACUCUCGUUCCCACAACAUUCACAUGGCAGGACGAGGAGGAGCGAGAGGAGGUGGCCAUGGUCGGGAGCUGGGGUCAGUGGGUGCUGUUAUACACUCUCAAGAGGAUGAGUGCAACGAGCUGGCAGACGUGCAUCAAUCUGCCCCCUGGGAAGCACGAGUUCAAAUUCUUGAUUGACGGGACUUGGAAGCUGUCCGGCCAGUAUGACAUUGUGGAUGACACGGUUGGGACUAAUGGGAACAAUGUGAUCGAGGUCGAUGCUCCACGAGUUGCUCAAACCCAAGAGGAGGACGAGCUCCUGUGCAAGGAGGCGAUUCAAGUGCUGGAGGGAGAGGACAGGGUGCAGUUUAUGGAGCUGCGAGACCAGAUCGAGUCCAUGGACAUGCAUCUCAAGUCAGCUACGGUCCAAAGCGAGAAUGAACUAUCUCGCAUGGUUGAUGUGCCCGUUGCCGCUGGGGAGGAGAAGGAGAGCCUCUCCUACUUCCGUUCUCUCCUCCCCCGUUCUCAAAUCAUGCCUGCAAUCCUCCACAAGCUCUCGCCACUCCAGGCAGCAUAUCGCCGCCUCGUCGCUGCUCUCAAGCAGCAGGUGGAGGAUCACGUCCCGAAGCCCUAUAGGGACCUCGCGUGCUCUUUCCUCGACGCUCUCUUCCCCAUCUUCAUCUUCCUCCGCACAGAGGAUGGAAAUCGUCUCCUCGCUGCCCUCGAGACACAGCAGGUCUUCCUCCUGCCGUUCGUCCUAAUCUAG